AGCCCGCGGGGAUCUGCGCGGCGGCGGAGGCGGGGACCUCUGGCCUCAGUCAAGCCUGUACCACCGCACGCCCAGAUACUCCUUUCUGAGUCAUGACGGAUGCCAAGUAUGUCCUCUGCCGAUGGGGGAAGCGACUGUGGCCUGCGAAGGUUUUGGCCAGAACCGAGACUUCAGCAAAAAACAAGAAAAAGAAGGAAUUCUUCCUAGAUGUUCAGAUACUCUCGCUGAAGGAAAAGAUCCAGGUUAAGAGCUCAGCCGUGGAGGCCCUGCAGAAGUCGCACAUUGAGAACAUUGCUGCCUUCCUGGCCUCUCAGAAUGAAGUCCCAGCUACUCCCCUGGAGGAGCUGACUUACCGACGCUCCCUGCGAGUGGCCCUGGAUGUCUUGAAUGAGAGGACCAGUUUGAGUCCUGAAAGUCAUCCAAUAGAAGAUGGGAUUACACUGUCUCAGAAGGAGAAAACAGAUGCAGAUGUGGCCUCGCAGGUCUCCAGUGCUCCUUCUCCAUCUCUCCUCGGUGAAGAUGGUCAAGCCGUGGUAGCCCAGUGCGCAUCCAAGAGGAGGUCGGAGUACAGUUCAAAAAGCCUGUUGCCGUCGUCUGCAUUAGAAGAUCAUCUCAGGUGCCAAGUGGGCCCCAAGACAGGCCUCUCAGAGAGUGGAGCUGGAGACAAGUCUCAGGAUGAUUCUGGGUUACAGCUGGACCAUGGGCAGGAGAGCACAACCAAAAAGAGGCAGAGGAAUUUGGGAGAGAAACCUACCCGGCGCCGAAGAUCAGAGUCUGGCCUUUCCAAGGGAGAAAGUGUCUUAAAGAGCCAGGGACAGGCAUCCAGCUGUGUGGCCCUGGCUUCACCUAGGCCGCCCUCCCAAACCAGGGACGAGGAGCCCUGUGCCGGGGUCAAAGGCUGUGACUGGGUCAAGUCAUCAGGCAACAUCAGGCCACUCUCGGCCUCUGAGAGAAGCAGAGGAUGCCCCACAAAGAGACCACGCUUGGAUGGAGGCCAGAACCCACCUACCAGGCAGCUGGGGACUAGAACUGUGGGGGCAGCGCCCUGCCCUAGGAGCUGUUCUGGGGAGGUCACGAUGCUGUGCAGUGCUGGAGCGGGUGACAAACCAGAGGAAGAUCCUGUGUCCUCAGAAGAAUCCACAGGGUUCAAGUCCACACACUCCCUGCUGGAGGAGGAGGAGGAGGAAGAGGAGGAACCACCUCGGAUCCUUCUGUAUCACGAACCACGGUCAUUUGAAGUAGGAAUGCUGGUCUGGCUUAAAUACCAAAAAUACCCAUUCUGGCCAGCUGUGGUCAAGAGUGUCCGGCGAAGAGACAAGAAGGCCAGUGUGCUCUUCAUUGAGGGCAACAUGAACCCCAAGGGCCGAGGAAUCACUGUGUCGCUGCGACGGCUCAAGCACUUUGACUGCAAGGAAAAGCACGCACUGCUGGACAGAGCCAAGGAGGACUUUGCCCAGGCCAUUGGCUGGUGUGUUUCACUCAUCACUGACUACCGUGUGCGGCUGGGAUGCGGCUCCUUUGCUGGGUCUUUCUUGGAAUACUACGCUGCUGAUAUCAGCUACCCUGUGCGCAAGUCUAUCCAACAGGACGUCCUGGGGACCAGGUUUCCUCAGCUGGGCAAGGGGGACCCUGAGGAGCCUGUAGGGGACAGCCAGCUGGGACAGUGGCGGCCAUGCAGGAAGGUGCUGCCUGACCGCUCCAGGGCUGCACGGGAUAGAGCCAACCAGAAGCUGGUGGAGUACAUCGUGAAGGCCAAGGGUGCAGAGAGCCACCUGCGGGCUAUCUUGCACAGCCGCAAGCCCUCACGCUGGCUGAAGACGUUCCUGAGCUCCAGUCAGUGCGUGACUUGCAUGGAGACAUACCUGGAGGAUGAGGCGCAGCUGGAUGAGGUGGUGGAGUACCUGCAGGGCGUCUGCAGAGACAUGGACGGCCAGGUGCCUGAGCGCGGCAGUGGAGACCGCAUUCGCUUCAUCUUGGAUGUGCUGCUGCCCGAGGCAAUCAUCUGUGCCAUUUCCGCGGUGGAGGCGGUGGAUUACAAGACAGCCGAGCAGAAGUACAUUCGUGGCCCCACACUUAGCUACCGGGAAAAGGAAAUCUUUGACAAUGAACUCCUGGAGGAGAGGAACCGACGCCGUCGCUGAUGCCGCAGUCUGCACCUGGCCGGCCAGCACUGGGUGUGACCUGCCAGAGGCCUCCACCAGGCCUAGGAGUGUGAGAACUUUGACCUGUGCGUGGGUUCUACGUCUUCAGCCUAAGUCUGGGAGAUCAGAUGCCAUCAGAUGCCUGCUGCCAUCUAUGAACAGCUGCUUUCUGGAAGUUUCUGUGUGUUUUUGUGUAUACAUGUGUAUGUCUGGUUUUAUUUUUUUUAAUUAUUUUGUUUAUAAAUGCGUUUGAAUGCAUAUGUGUCAUAGUCAUUGCACAGUGUGGCUGGCAUGUGCGCUCUAUGUCCCAUGUUGCUUGGUGUGCCCGCCCUACAGACAUUUCUGGAAAGACUGACCUGAACACGUGACUCCCAGAGCAUUGACAUGUUGCCCUGGCAUUCAUUGUUCUGCUUAUUUCCUCUCCAGUUUCUGGAAUCUUCUCUGCCUCUCCUGUGUGGUGAGCAGGCAGUGGGGACUCUUGCAGGAACAGUCUUUGCAGGUGGGAGAUGUUAGGGAGGUGGGAACAUGUUUGUUCACUGGGCUCCUUGUAGUCUUGCAAGGCCGGGCAGGCCAGCAGCGUUCAUCCCCACCCCAUGCUCUCUGUUCCCCUGCGCCCCCAGCCAAGCACUGAUUACGCAGGGCUGCCACUGGCUUCUAGCCUGGCCCCACCACCCCACCUAAAAACCUCUUCUGGACCGAGGAUGGUGGGGAUGACAAUAAGAAAAGGCAGAUUCCUGCAUGGUUGCCAUGGAUGCACGAUCUCACCGUGGUUGUGUGGAAGCUCUGUCCACCCAGAGCGAGGGUGAAGCCACUAGUAGCAGUGGACAGCCCUAUGCUGAGCUAUGCCAGCCAGCUGCAAAGCCCAUAGGAUACUCAGCCAGGUGUUGGGUUGCUGGAUAUGGAACACAUGGGUGUCCUUGACACUUGUGGCCAUCCCAGAAUGAGAUGGGGAUGAUUAAGCAUCACCCUAGACCCCUGCAUCGGACAGCACAUCGCGCCAGGAUGGUAUGAGAUAGGUGAGUACAGACGUGGCCUGUCAGGACAGGCACAGCUGAGCAGCACUGUCUGUGGCCUCUCGACUCAAAUUUCUCUACCAUCUUUGUUGAAAUUGGGGUCACGGAGAACCAGGUCAGAGACCUUGUUCAGGCUGCAGCUUGUCCUACCAUCCAUAGGGACCACCCGUGGAAGGGACACUGGAUUUGAGGUAUCAGAAUAUUGCUGUCAGGGCCUUCUGCCCAGAAGAGGCCUGAUGCCAGGAACUCAGCUUCUUGUUGGCACUGGGAAAUGGGUCUGCCCUUGGUCCAUGUACAGCUCUGUCAGGGAGUGAGAGGCUUUUCAGAACCGCAAGAAACCCAGUGCAAGUUCCUCCUCAGUAGCUACAGUCUUCACUGCUGUGCCCGACUGUGGCCUUAAGAGUAGCUUCUCCUCUGACGCCCUCUUCUGGCGUGUCUGAAGACAGCUACAGUGUACUUACAUAUAAUAAAUAAAUAAAUAAAUCUUUAAAAAAAAAAAAAAAAAAAAAAAAAGAGUAGCUUCUCCCCAGGACAGGCUUGUCUCACACUGGGAGUGGCACUUCACCUGGCCCCACUACUCCCCUGUGUGGUGGGCCUGGGGCAAACAACACCCUGCUUUCCACCUGGGGUCCAUACACAGACCAUCUUGGAGACAGAAUGGUCACAAAUUCAGUCAGGGCCUGCAGCAUCUCCCUAGAGCAGCACCUUAAACACCCUUUAAAGCCCUGCAUCCUGUGGGUGACAAUGGCCUGUAUUUCAACUUGUCUGGAGGCCACAUUUCUCUCUACACCUUGGGUUAUGAUCUGGCUGAUUUGGAGGGGCUGAGAUACCAGAUAUGAUUCCCUCAUCCCUGUCUUGUCAGUGCCCCCCACAUCCUCUGUGACUCCCACAUGCCCCUCAGGGCCUCAGAUCUCUGACACCAGAUGGGUCACUUUUAGGGUAUCCAAGGCCCUAUAGUUGAUGAUAGGUGCAUCACUGGCCAGCCUAUAGGACAGGAAUGUCCCAGUUGAAGUGGGCACAUUCCCUAGACAUUACCCAGUGUCCCACAGCUAGGAUUCAAGAGGCCUUUUCUCCUCCUGUCCCAUUGUGGUGGAGAUAAGCCUGUGGCCUCUUCUGCCGGUUGAUAUUCCUUCCCUCCAAAAACCUCUACAAUCCCUCGGCUCCCUGGUGCCAUCUAGUGGUAUUUUCCCACCUGUAUCUCAGGGACCUUAACUCGUGUCUCACUGGAAGCCCAGGCACCACAAGGUAAAAAGACUCAGACUCCUCAAGAAGCAGCAGAUGGGCAGCAGAGACAUAGAGGUCCUGACCCAGGCACAUUAGCGAGUGGAUUGUGGAUCUUUUGUGCCGUGCCAGGUGCUGCGCCACGCCAUGAAAAUGGGAAGUGACCCUAGGUCCAUCUUGCCUCUCUAUCUUGCACUGCAGUGUCCUUCCCCAUCCACCCCUCCUCCCCUUCCUCCUCAUCUCUUCCUGUUCCAUCAUCCCCAACUUUCUUGCCCACAGCUAUCAAAGCCCCAAGCUGCCCUUUCAUUCCCUCCUGACCUGUUCUUGUGAUGUCCUUGAAGCUCUGGAUUCCUGCCUGAGCACUACUCUGUUUGCCUGACUGCUGUCCAUCUGUCAGGCAACCAGACACACUGACCAAUCCUCCUCAAGCCACAGCUAGAGCAUGUUUCCCAGAGCCUGGUGACAAGGAGUACUCGUCCAUGGUCUGUAGAUGGGGGGUAAUCAAGAGGGGGCAGUUGAGGGGCUGGAGAGAUGGCUAGUGGUUAAGAGCACUGACUGCUUUUCCAGAGGUCCAGAAUUCAAAUCCCAGCAACCACAUGGUGGCUCACAACCAUCUGUAAUGAGAUCUGAUGACCUCUUCUGGUGUGUCUGAAGACAGCUACAGUGUACUUAUAUAUAAUAAAUAAAUAAACCUUUUAAAAAAA